AUGUUUACACCACUGUGUGACUCUAAACGCAUACUAUCAAGUGCCUGGAUUAUCAGUCAAAAGUUACACACAGGUAGCGUAGUCUGCAAAAAUAGUAGAGUUGGUGUGGUGCGUAGAACAAGAGAUUGUUCUAUACCUCAGACGUAUGAGCAAACCAAGAAGCCACAUCAGAUAGGCCUGAUGAAAUCAUGGAAUUCUUGGAAUACUUCAAAUUUAGAUGGAGAAAAACGUUACACUGCUGAAGUCACACUUCACGAUCAGUUUAUUCGAAAGUUUAUCAACGGGACGUUUCCUUUAAUGGUUCAAAGUGAGGUUAUUAUUAAACGACAAUGGAAUGUGAUACGUGUAGCUUUCCUGCUUCAUCCACGAUUGACACCAGGCGAAAUUAACUUUCUUAUUGGUUAUACAGAAGAAAUGCUUUCCCUUAUACUUCGAUGUAUUGUUAAAUUAGAAAUCCAGUUGAUCCCAUCUAAGAAGGAUGUAAUAUUUCGUUAUGUUUAA